CGCCGUUGCCAUAGCUACCGGCAAGCUCAGGAACCGCAACUCCCGCAAGAAGAAGCGCUGUUUCUCGCGAGAGUUCCUGGCCCUGCCGCGGUUGCUUGGCAACUGAGUGACUCUGAGAUUCGCAGCGCUAGCACCUGCAGCCAUGGAGGGAGAGAAGGACACCUACUACCUGGAACAAGUUACCAUAACUGAAGGAUCAGAGGAUGGUUACCAGUAUGAAGAGAUUCCACCGGAUGAUGAUGAUUUCAGUCUUCCUGAAGGAGAUGAGGACCUUGUGAGGACUGUGCAGACUAUUCAAGAUCAGGCAGUAGACAGUUUGUCUCCCAGAUCAGUACUUGCUGCACAGAAACCCGUGACUCACAGGCCUGAAGUGGUAGAUGAUUUUGUUCGCAAUUUCCUGAUUAAAAUGGGCAUGAUGAAAACCCUGGAAUGCUUUCAAACAGAAUGGUAUGAAAUGAUGCAGAAAGGACUUUUAGCUGCAGAGGUUGCUGGGUUUGUUCCAGAUAUUUAUGCUCACAACCAGAUGUUAGAGACUGAGAUAAAGAGUCUGAAGAAGCAAAUGGAAACUUACAAACUGGCCGCCAGCAAAGCUAAAGAGGCAAUGAUAAAACUUUAUAAAGAACGGGACUUCCACAAGAUGCAUCACAAGAGAGUAGCACAAGAAAAAAACAAACUGAUAAAUGAUAUAAAAAAGCUGAAGGAGCAUUAUACAUCAUAUGAGCCACUGCUACGCCAGCUGCAUGAGAAGUAUGAGACUGUCCUGCGACAGAAGAUGCUGAUCAGUUUGGAAAGGGAUCGAGCUGUUGGAGAGGUUACAGGCUUACAAGCCACCCUGCGAAAUCUGGAAUCUGGCCAUAAAAUUGAUGUUUCUUUGAAAAAAGGAGAACCAAAGAACAAAAAGCAAAUGGGCCCUACCCAAAAAGCAAUCAAGGAGGCACGUGAGAAAGAGCUUUUACAGGAAGGAGUAGCACCAUACAAACCUGAGAAGGACCCAAAUAAACAGGUCGGGAAGAUACAUCCCAAGGACUCAGAAUUUCCACCAGACACCAAAGUGAAUCCUCGAUUGGCUCAGAUAAAAGGGAAGACCAGCCGCCUCAAAUUGGAUGGAUAUUGUCUCAGCAACACUCUGAAAGUACAUGAGCUGGCGGUUAGCUGUUUGGCGCUGCAUCCUCGCAAAGAGAUUUUGGUAACCACCAGUGAUGAUCGUCUCUGGAAGAUGUGGGACAUUCCCAGUGGAAACAUCAUAAUGACUGGUGAAGGACAUACUGAUUGGCUGGCUGGCUGCUGCUUCCAUCCAAAAGGCACCAAGUUAGCAACUGUGUCCGGCGAUAAGACUGUACGGCUGUGGGACUUUUCAAAGUCAGAAUGCAUAUUAACGUUGGAAGGUCACACACAGGCAGUAUGGGGAUGCUCUUGGCACAGUUGCGGAGAUUUUCUGGCCUCUUGUUCCUUGGAUGGCAACAGCAAGAUUUGGGAUCUCAACAGUGAGAGAUGCAGAUACACUAUGCGAGGCCAUAUGGAUUCCGUGAAUAGUAUUGAGUUCCUGCCAUAUUCCAACAUUGUCCUUACCAGCUCAGCAGACAAAACUCUGUCUCUGUGGGAUGCCAGAAUGGGUUUGUGCGCACAGACAUUCUAUGGGCAUCUUCACUCCUGUAAUCAUGCUACAUUUAACAUGAAGGGGGACACCAUUGCUUCUUGUGAUUCCUAUGGGGUUUUAAAACUGUGGGAUGUCCGGAAGGCAGUAGCAAUGCUAUCAGUUGAUGCAGGUCCUCACCCAGGAAAUCAAGUAGCAUUUCAUCCAUCUGGUCAGUCGGUUUCCCUCGCUAGCAAUGACGGCUCAGUCAAGCUGUUGGCUCUUCCAUCCGGGCAGCUGGAGAGCUUGGACGGACAUGAGGAUGACGUUCAGUGUGUAAUAUUCAGCCACAAUGGGGAUUACUUGAUCUCUGGGGGCUCCGACGGUACAGUCCGAAUCUGGUCCUGAAGAAGACCCGUAUGAAGUAGUUUGCGCCCAGAAAGCAACAAAAUUAAUUUCAUGGAACGAAUAUUUCUUGAGCCUGAAUAAAUAUUUUGCAGUUGGA